GUCAGAUCAGUUUUAUAUAUUAUGCUAAAAUUUUAAUUCCACUGUUUAAAUUGUUUUUGUGUGAGGUAAAAAUUGUAAAGUUAAAACUGAAGCAAAAAGAAUAAAAUAUUAACUCUGCUGUUAGUCUUGUAUAAUAUCAAAAAAUUGUUAAUUUAAUGGAGACAGAUUUCACUCACAAAACAUGAAAAUAACCUGUAGUGAAUUCAAAGUGUAUGGAAUUUUGUCCUCCGUUUUACAUAUGUACAAAUGUAACACGCUUCUUUCACUACACAUUGAUGAUGAGAGAGUCCCGGUCUUAAGAAGCCUACCUUCCUAUUGCUGGAAUCUGCUGCUGUUAUCUGAGUCGACCGAUUAUCUUCCAUUCUUUUCUUCUUGGUUUGAUCCGAUACCGAAUAAACAUAACCUCCUGAGUACCAUUCAAACCAAACAUCACUACCAACAGGAACGGAGCAGAAUUCACGGGGACUGUAAAAGAAUUAUAGAAAUGUAAACAUCACUACCAACAGGAACGGAGCAGAAUUCACGGGGACUGUAACAGAGUUAUAGAGACCAACAGGAACGGAGCAGAAUUCACGGGGACUGUAACAGAAUUAUAGAAAUGUAAACAUCACUACCAACAGGAACGGAGCAGAAUUCACUGGGACUGUAACAGAAUUAUAGAGACGUAACACGACAAAUUCCAGAUCCAUAGUUUUAAAUAAAAUAUGUGUCUGGACAGUUCACUGAAGAUGUAUGCUUACAAGAUACUGUUAAGGACAUAGGAUACCCGAAAAUCUUUCAAUAGAAUUUUGCAAAACAGCAUUUUUAUGGUCAUAGGAUACCCCAAAUUUUGGAUGCAUCAAAUGAAGUAGGAUGUUGCUGUGUUUAUGUGAGAUUUUCUAUCAUUUCAUCAAACAGCCAGCAAUAAAUUUUCAUGUACAUGAAGAGGAGUGUGUAUCCCCAGAUUUCUGUACCAAACUGACCAACAAUCUCCAGCAGCUGUACAAUGAACAGAAAUACUGCGAUUUCACCAUCUGCGUGGAAAACAAAAACUAUAAGGUUCAUAAAGUUGUGAUGGCCAGUGUAAGUGAUUAUUUUAGAGCCAUGCUGGAACACGAUGUGAUCGAAAAUCAGCAAGACUGCAUGGAACUGAAAUGCCUCACAGACAUCGGGGUAGAGCCCCUCAUUAAAUUCUCGUAUGGUGGCUCGUUAACUCUAAACCUGGGAAACAUACACGACGUGAUGAACGCCGCCACAUUUCUCCAGAUCAUACCAGCUGUCGAUUGUUGUGUUCAGUAUCUUAAAAACAAAAUGACUUUUUAUAAUGCCGAAGAGUUGCUAAGGAUUGCCGACUUGUACUCAAUUCCACACCUGAAAAGUUAUUACAGGAAAUAUAUUUUAAGUAACUUUCUGGAGUUUGGAUUGACGGAACAGUUUUUGAAGCUGGACAGUGAUACAUUAGCGGAUUAUCUUAAUGAUGAUAGCCUGAACACAACUUCAGAAUGCAUGCUGCUCCAUUUAGUGAUGAACUGGUAUAAUUACGAUCCAGAAACUCGCAAAGAUUCGGCGAAAAAGGUGUUCAGCAAAAUCAGGUAUGUGGUGGAUGGGUGGCCCGCAGUUCAGUUUGCCAUACAGUGUGAGCCAUUUAAAACAAUUCCUGCAUUAGGAGAUCUCAUCAGUUUCGCAGACUUUUAUUUGGUUGAAUACGAGAAGAGAUUUACAUUCAAUGGUCCUAGGACACGUGUGAGAUACCCCAGGAAAUCCUUGGUUCAGUUAGGAGGAGAAAUUCAGAUCUCGUAUGAAUACCGCGAAGAUGUGAUGGACUUUCCGACCUUGUUCAGGAGCGACACAUUGGGCUGGCAUAGAAACCACUAUUAUCAUCCAGAUCUCAAAAAAUGGCUGCCUCUCAGAGAAGCAGAGAUUCAUGAACGACUUAUGUCACGGGCAACUCUGACAGAAGCGAAUGGAAAUGCAAUUUUGUGUGGAGGGUAUGUUUACAAUAUAGCAGAGAGCGGAAUCAUAUCCCAUCUUGCAACAAAAGAGGCCUGGAUAUUUACAGCUAGUGACUGUCGACUCAGAGCAAUUGCACCCAUGAAACAUCCCCGAGCCAAGCACACAUCCGUCUUUCUACAAGGAUGUCUCUAUGCGAUUGGUGGAUUUGAUGGCAAGCAGGCAUUGUGUUCCGUGGAGAAGCUCAGUGGUGAUGAGAAUGAAGUGAUGUGGUCGUAUGCUCGACCCCUCUCAGCCUCCCUGCACUCGCACGCUGCCGUCGUAUGUAAAAACAAGAUUUACGUAACCGGAGGGAGAGAGGGUUAUCGUAUCACCAACAAGACAUGGUGUUUCUCUCCAAAGAUCAACAGAUGGCACAAGAAGAAAGACAUGCUGGAGGAGAGGUGUGGUCAUGGAAUGACUAUUGUAAAUGAUGUAAUAUACGUGCUGGGAGGAACCAGUGAUGAUAAGAUCUUAGAAAGCAUGGAAACGUACAAUGUGGAAACAAACACAUGGACAAGAAUCUGUACUUCUAUACCACGACCUACUUGUUACGCUUCAACGGUCGUUUUGGAUGAUAAAAUUUUGCUGAUUGGAGGUUAUAAAGAUGAUGAAAACGGGGAUGAUUCUAUAGAGGAGUAUGAUCCAAAAGAGGAUGUUUGGACGACUUUAGGAGCGCUCGUCAGGCCAAUGAAAUACCAAUGCUGCUGUGCUCUGACCUUGAAGUUGACCAGUGAUGGAGAAGAGGAAACAGACGAGAUCUACACUAAAUAUGCAAACAUUGUGGGUGGAGAAGACGAGGAUACUCUGGACCAGGAACUCGAAGAUUUCUACAACUUGGACUCUUGAUGCAGGCGCCAGGCUAGUAGGUCAAUUCCGGAUGAGUUUGUAACCACCAUGGACUACGUACUGCAUGUCAAGCCAUAGUGAUAUUGGUACAGACUAUGACCCCAUACUGUCAAAACUUCGUUUGCAAUGUGGCAGAGCGGUUUUAGUAUUAAAUGUGAUGUACUAACAAUUGCUACAGAUGUGUAUACUCACAAUGUAUUAUCACGAUUUAGAUUGUCUAAGUCGCAGAUCUCCAUAUCAGCUGAUUAUGUGAUAAGUCCUCACGGAAUCUAGUUACUCUUUUGGCGGUUCUUUUUGUUCAGUUUAAUUUUAUCAAUCUCAAAUUUGAUCCUGUCCAUUUUUAUUGUGAAGAUGUAUUUUUAAAAAAGACAAGAAAAACUACAAGACAUUUUGGUACUAAAUCUGACACUAAAACACUUUUUUCCCUACUUUUAUAAAUAGCUGCAGCAAUUAAAAUAUCAAGUGUGUGCACCUUAUUCAGGGUACACUUUUUAACUGCUCAAGUUAGCUACCAUAAUUCUGUUCAAGAUUUAUCCAUCAUUGUUGUUGUUGAAGGAAACUUUUCAUAUUUUUUUAAUUCUUCCUUAGAAUCAUUUGGUCAAUUUCAAUGAAACUUGUCAUACAGCAUUCUUCGGUAAAGAAGAAUCAAGUUUGUUGAAAUGAAGAGUCUUGCAUUCUUUCCAUGGGAAAUGAGGAAGAACUAGGAUGUUUUAAAAAUCUUCUCAAGAACCACUGAACUAGAAAAGCCAAAAUUUACAUGAAAACUUCCUUAGUUUAGAUUCAAGCUUUCUCAAAUUAAGUCCCCUAGUUUGUGUUGGGGCCGCAUUACAUGUACAUAAUGUAUAAAGAUUUACAUAUAGAUUUGUAGGAAAGAUUUUCUCAAGAAAGAAAGGGAUACAGAAAGUGAAAUUAAUAUGCAAUCAUCCUCAUUUUAUUUAGAUUCUGAUUUGUUCUAUUCCAAAUUCCUGGGGCCAUGACUGGGCCAUGAAAAGGUUAUCAAAGUUUUGAAUAGAAGUCUAUAGAAAAGAUGUCAAAUUCUCCACAAGCCUUAGGGUAAAAUGUGUUCAAUGAAUGAAAGCCUCCUUUUAUUGUGUAUUCUAUGUACGCCAUAACCCCCGGGGCUAGAGCAGGUGCACAGAGGGUUUCAUAUUUUGCAUUUGAAUGUAUAACAAUGUUUUUAAUAUAAAAAUUUUCUUAAGAGUAGCAGGGAUCUACAUUGUCAAAUUAAUAUGCAAAGAAAUAUGCAAACAUCAUCAAAUAUCGUAUACAUGUUUGCCCCGGGGGUUAGAAUGUAAGUUUAUAGUUUUAUAUAAGAAAUUAUUUUAGUCUAAUAAAAACCACAAGACUUCAUGUGUCAGCUGAUGAUGCAAUCACCCUUACAUAGUUUAAAUUCAAGUUCAUUCAUGUACAGAGUUUAAGGGUCAUGCUCGGGGUUAGGACAGGGUUGUGCUUGGGGGUCAGGGCAGGGUCAUGCUUAGGGUCAGGGCAGGGUUGUUCUUGGGGUCAGGGCAGGGUUGUUCUUGGGGUCAGGGCAGGGUCACGCACAAUUGUGCUUUAAACUUCUGCAAUGGAAGCUACCCAGUAUAUGAAAAAUAUUAGUAAAAUUUCUUCUCAAGAACUAGGGUACAAUUUGUCAUUUGAACAUAAUCAGACAUCUUCAUGUAGAUGCAAAUUUAUUAGAACCAUGUUCCAUAGGCUCUGAGCAGGGCCACUGUGUGUAGGGGUUUACUUGGGGAGGGGAGGGGGGUCAUAAGAAUAUUUUGGAUAUAAAAAAAUCUUCCUUUUAAGAGUCUCAAGGACACUGUUAAUGCUGAUAAAUACAGAACUGUCCAUGUUUAGUGAUUCAGUCUCCUUCAUUCCACGACCCCGGAGCCAGACAGCCUCUUUUCCAUUCAUGGUCUCAGGGCAUGGUAACUUCUGCUGUGGAUAGAUUUUCAGAUAUUUUGAAGGUCUAUUAAAUCGCAAAAAAAUAUUUUUAUAAAAAAGUGAAGUCUUAGAAAAUAUUUAGCAUGUCUUUUAGCAACAAAGUGAUGGUUUGCAAAAUUUUAAUGCAAGGAAAUUUUUAUCCAAUGUUGCUAAAUUUAAUCUUUGCAGAAAUUUCCAGAUUUGUGGUAAAUGUGCAGCACUGUCAAUGUGAUAUUCAAAUCAUUACUACCCAGUCAUACAAAACAAUGUAAUAGUAAGUUCUUUAGCAUGUCUCUACAAUAUUAAUGUAAACUUCAUACAAAACAAUGUAAUAGUAAGUUCUUUACAAUAUUAAUGUAAACUUCUUAUCAAGAAUAAAUAUCAUUCAUUACAAUAAAUGGACACCUUCACAGAA